AUGGUCGACGACGAUCCAAAGCAGUGUUUGGUUGAGGCGGAGAGCAUGAAACGGCUCGCCUUCUGCGGCGUUGCCGUCUCGACAGUGGCCACGUUGGUCGCCAUUGUGUGCGUACCGAUGCUGUGCACCUAUAUGCAGAAUGUGCAGUCGAAUCUUCAGGAUGAGAUCAGUUUCUGCCGUACUCGUGCCAUAUCGCUUCGUGGAGAAUACAACAAGGUAGCUGCUGCUAGUUAG